AUGGCGCGUGACAAGAGCAAAGCGUCGCCUGUGAAAGAUCAAACUCGCUACAGACUGGCGUUGAAUGACGAUCGAGGCGAGAAAGCCGCAAGACUACAGUCCCGACAAGCCCUACAAGAAAUCCACAUGAACGAGAUCCGCGCCCAAGCCAGCCCGGUACGGAAAAUCAAUCAACGACGAGACACAUAUACUAGAGCUAUGUCUGAAUCGCCGCGAACACCCAGAACACAAACUGCGGAUAUGCGCAAGAGAGUGCAACAACAACAUAACAGCCAGAACGAUGCAAGACAAAUCGAGGCCGCCAAUGGCAAUGCCGCUACACCACCCAAACGCGUCCCUAUCUUGGCCAACUUUGAGGAGUGGAUGAAGAUGGCGACAGACAAUAAAAUCAAUGCGGCCAAUUCUUGGAAUUUUGCAUUGAUCGAUUAUUUCUACGACAUGAGCCUGCUGAAGGAGGGCGAUGGUGUGAAUUUCCAGAAGGCCAGUUGUACGCUUGAUGGGUGUGUCAAGAUCUAUACCAGUCGAGUGGACAGUGUGGCCACUGAGACGGGUCGACUACUUAGCGGCCUUGCUGAUGGUUCUGCUUCAGAGGGAAAGAAGAAAGGGAAGGGUGAUGGGGAAGAGAACGAUGAUGACGAUGAAGAUGGUGAAGAAGGUGAAGAUGGUGAAGAUGGAGAGGGAAAGAAGAAGUCCAAGAAGAAGCCCGCACGAAGUCACGAAGCGACACUGGCUCCGAGCUUUGCGACAUUUCAAGCGAAGAAGCUAGAUCUAGAGUUCGCGGUUGAUCCUCUGUUCAAGAAAGCAUCGGCUGACUUCGACGAGGGAGGGGCUAAGGGCCUCUUACUCAACCACCUGUCCAUCGAUUCAAGUGGUCGGAUCGUCUUUGACAGCAGCGAUGACACAGGAGAUGCAACCUUGACAGCUGAAAAAGGUGAACAACAAGAACACAACGAGGACGGUCCAGCAGAAUCAGCACCUGCGAAGACAUCGGUGGUUGAGGAUGAGGCUCAACACGAAGAGGAAGAUGAUGAGCAGGACGAAGACAUUGAUCUUGACUCACUAGCGACCAAAUUCUUCCCAGACCUGUCACUGUUGGACAACCAAGAUGUCUGCCCAUCUAUGAAAUCAUUUACUCUAGGUGAUCCGUCAGGAGAUCUUAGCAUUCCAUUUUUGAAAGCACCGGAUGAUUGGCGAGAUCAGAAGAAGGCAGCCGAAACACAACAACCUCCAGCCAUUAGUGCGAACCUAUCGGAUCAGACGGGGAUUUUCCUUGAUGGGAGCAAUGCUCUUGGAUUUGAUGACGACGAUGAUGAUGGCCUUCUUGGUGGCUUUGACCUCGCAGACAACGUCGGGUUUGGUGAGGGAGGUGAAGCCUGGGCCAAGGAUGCCGUCGUUGAUGCACAGACCCGGAUCGAUGGGGAUGAUAACCUCAUCGACGGACAAAACGCAGACGGGUAUGGUCUAUCACUGCAACACAAAUACCAGGAGGAUGCAGAACAUGAGUCAAUCAUGGCUUAUUUCGAAAAAGCGUUCAACUCUCGAGCAAAGGGCAAGACUGCUUUCACGACACUGGAAAACUGGCGGAUGCAAAAGAUCCAAAAGGCACAGCAAAGUGAAACCGCGGCACCUACACGUCAGAGGAAAGAGAAGGAGCCCUUCGAGAUUGACUUUACAGGCCCGAUGACGACGUCUUUGCAAGAGUUGCUCAAAGCUCCAGCUGUGCUCAAUUCGCAGAUCAGCUUGCCCAAGGCGCAAUGGCGGACGAAAGGCAGGAAUUUGCUUGACAAGGAUGAUGAGAUUGUCGAUCCAAGAAAGCUUAUGCGGUUAUGGACCAAACCCAAGUGCAGAGUGGGCAAGAGGAAAGGUACCAUGGGUGUCAUUGAUGAAGGGUUUGGAGCAAGAAAUCGGGUUGGCACAGCGAACAAUGGCGAGCUAGACGAAGAGGACGAAGAUGAAGGAAGAAAGGGUGAUUACGAUGCGAAUUUCUUCGCGGAUGAUGAUCAAAUACUUCCUUUCGAUGGUCCUUUACCUAUUGACGAUGACGACGACGACGGCAUUCUGGGCGUUGGAGACGACGGGCCACAACCAUUUAUGGAUGCCCGGGAAAUGCUCAGUCCACAACCUGAGGGUCAUCAACAGCAGAAUCUUCUCGACGCCGCCUUGGAUGGCGAGGGCGAGGGCUUACAAGGACAGCCUCCGGACUCUCAGUUUCCGCCACAGAGUCAAAUGGACCUACUACCAGGUAGUUUUGGUAGUCAACUCGUGACACAAGCUGGCCGACGAAUGCGCCCCGAGUAUGUCAACUACGCCCGCACGGCCAAGAAAGUCGACGUGCGCCAGCUCAAGGAGAACAUGUGGAAAGGCAUGAGCGAGAAAUUAAUCCGCAUCUUCGACCAACAACCACCGCAACCCAAACCUACAGAACCAGCCGCUCCCGCAGAUGAAGAUGUCGACAUGAUGGACGUGGACGACACGCCGCAGGCCCUUACGCCCCCAGAAGCCGAGAUGCUCAAGACACCGAAUGACGACAACGAGGUUCUCAACUUCACGGAUAUGAUCCAUGAUUUACGGUCGGUGUAUCCGGAGCAGCAGAUGAAGGACAUCAGCACGAGUUACUGCUUUAUUUGCCUGCUGCAUCUGGCGAAUGAAAAGGGGUUGGUGCUGGACGUCGAGCGCGAGGGCGACAAUGCCAUGCAGGAGAUCAAAGUCAUGCGGGACCCGAAUGUCGGGGAGGGCUACGAAGGGGAAUGA